CAUGGAUCGAACAAGGGGGGUGAAGAGGAAGAAACGGCGCCGAGCGUGUGGAAGCGGAGCGUGGUAGAGAAAAAGAGAGAGGAGACUCAGUGACUGGACUCUGGAGCGGGUCAGUCGGCUGGGAGCUGGAUGAUCAGCCUGUCUUGUGAACGGUUGUAAAACGUCACGUAUGCCGUCUCUCUGGAGGCUGACGGAUUCCCAGCAGAUGUGCAGGUGUGACGAAAACACGACGACGAUUCACUGACACGUCGUCGUGAUAGCAAAGUGGGGAAGAAUAGGUGAACGUGGGUGAGGAAGAGAGGAUACAGCCAACCAAGCCCAAAGACGUUAAGAGGGAAACCUGAUAAGAUGUUUGGAAGAAAGGAAAUCGAAACGCCGAAGGAAAUAGACAUUGAUAAACCGUACUGGGAUCAGAGCACUUACCGCGGAAGGGCAUUGCACUUCUUGACAGUAACAAACCCGCUUAAUGUCUUCGCCACGAGCCAGCAACUUGAACGCGCGCGUGAUGUCGUCACGAAAUACAGACAGGGUGAGGUCCUAGAAAAACAAGGAAUCACCGAAAACGAAUUAUGGAGAUGCAAAUAUCUUUACGAUAGCGCCUACCACCCUGAUACCGGGGAGAAAAUGCUGUUAAUAGGCCGUAUGAGCGCGCAAGUUCCCAUGAAUAUGAUGAUAACCGGCUGUAUGAUGACAUUUUACAAAUCAACGCCGGCUGUAAUUUUCUGGCAAUGGGUCAAUCAGUCAUUCAAUGCCAUAGUAAAUUAUACGAACCGUAGUGGAUCAAGUCCGAUUCCAACGGAAACGUUAGCGCAGAGUUAUAUCGGCGCUACGGGAGGCGCCGUGAUAACGGCAUUGACUCUGAACCGUCUCGCUCAACGUGGACCACCGCUCGCAGGCCGAUUAGUGCCACUGGCGGCAGUUGCGGCGGCUAAUUGUGUGAAUAUCCCUCUUAUGAGAGUCACUGAACUUCAAAAUGGUAUUGAAUUACAAACCGAAGACGGGACGAAAGUCGGCCACAGUAAACGAGCAGCUAAACAGGCAAUAGCAACCGUGACAUUAUCGCGAAUACUUAUGGCCUCUCCGAGUAUGAUAUUGGCGCCAAUAGUAAUGAAUUACCUAGAUCGAAGACAGCUGUUACGUAAUGCGAAAUGGGCUGCCGGACCAAUUCAAGUUUUAAUUUGCGGAGUGUGUCUCACUUUUGCAACGCCGCUUUGCUGUGCUCUCUUCGCACAGCGCGUCCCUAUUUCAAUAAAUCAACUGGAGCCUGAUAUACGAGAGAAAGUACGAUUGCAUGAUACUAAUCUGGAGACUGUAUAUUACAAUAAGGGCCUUUAAACGACGUGACAAAAAUCACACAGUUCUUGAAUUUUUAUCAUUCCAAGAACACAGCCUAUUAUUGAAACUCAGGUAUAUACAUUCCCGAACCGAACAUUCGAAAGCAUAUAUUAUCAUAAACUUCCAACGAUUCAUAAGUGAUUCGUUCUUGUUGAUACUUAUACUUCCAUAAAUAUAAAUGUCCAUGUGUUGAUCAUGAGAUAAAAAUUUGCAAAAACUCUAU